CCUGCCGCCGCCUGCCGCUGCUCAAACGUGGAGGGAAGGACACGGAGAGGGACUCUCGGCUCCUGACUGCGCGGGGUUAUUGUUAGUCGCGAAAUGUACGGCUCUGUCGACAUAUAUAUUUAGUGCAUUUCAACCUCAGAGCUGGACCGAAAGGCUGGGACUGUUUGUUUCUUCUUCAACGACAGAGCCGGCGGUUGGAAGGAUAUCCCAGUGUGAGAGAAAGUGACCAAUCAAAAAGUGUGUGGGCCCCUGGACUUUGUAAGCAGCAACCCCAGCGUCCACACCUUCUUUUUUUUUUUAGGAGGGGGGAGAAAUGAAACCGGAUGGGGAUACUAUGGAGACCACGGAGCCCACUGAAGAUGCAGCAGUAGCAGAGCCCUCCUCAUUGCAGGACAACACAACCGAGGAAGCCCCAUCGCAACCAGAGGAAGCGGCCAUUGAUGUAGCCCCUGAGACCAUUCCCAAGGGCAAUGGCAAGCCAGUGGCAGCAGACUCCAAAGUCAAACCAAAAGGUGUUUCAACCAAAACACAGCCCGCAGCCAAAUCUGCAGGACCCUCUGGAUCAAGGCCGGGCACUUCCUCGCACCGCACUGUGAACGACGGCAAGUCCUCUGCGAAUGUCUCUGCAGCUGCAGCCAAGAAAACGGCAACUACAACAAAAGCAGCAGCAGCAUCAGCAGCAGGGGGCGUACCUAAACGACCUGUGGGGGCAGCAGCUUCCUCCACGGUCAAGACCCUAUCUAGAGCCCCAGACAAGAAGCCUGUAGGACCAGCUAAGGCUUCCUCCGCUGCUGCGUCCACAGCAACAAAUGGCACCAAACCAACCACCGUGAAUGGCGUUCCUAAGAAGAGACCAGCAGCUGAGACUGUAGCGAGACCCAAGACCACAGCUCCUGCCAGCAGAGCAGCAGCCUCCUCUGCCUCAAAACCCAGCACUUCAACCACGUCAAAAGCUGUUGGUGCAACAACAAAACCAGUCGCCUCUGUAGUUUCAAAGACAACAAGGCCGACUACAGCUCCCUCAACAUCUCGACCUGCAUCCACCACAUCCAGGCCCACAACAGCUGCACUGAAGCCCUCCACCACUGCAGCUGCCAGAACCGCCUCCUCUAGAGUCAACACAGCCCCCCCUACUGGCAGGACCACCGCAGCACAGCCUCCCAGAACUGUAGCUGCUAAGAAAGAUGUCAGUCGCCCAACUUCUGCUACAGUGGCAAAUAAACCUCUAGCAACUACGACAUCCGCUGAUGCCAAGAAAACCCCUCGACCCACAGCCCCCGUAAAGCUCAACACUGCCUCCAAAUGUUCCACAACAACCAAGGCAGCAGACCCCAAGGUGUCACAGACCAAAGUUCCUGCAAACUCUACUCCCACCAAGAAACCUGUAGCUUCGGUUCUGUCCCUGGCCCAAAACAAACAGCCUUUUGGACGAUCCCCACCUGCGUCUCCAGCCAACAGACCUGCAAACAGCAGCACUCCUCAGGCAAAACGCAGAACCAAACCCACUCAGGCUGUCCUUCCUUUCACUGCCACAAAGAAGGCCGGUGUUUCCAGUAUUCUCAAAGCUGCUGCCGGAGCACAGAGGGCUGCCGGUGGUGCAGGUGCAGCAGUGGAGACUCCCCCUGUCUUGGCCCAGAGUACUACACUGGACGUGGUGCCACAAGAGACUGCUGUAAGACAAGAAGCUGCUUCCUCUCCUCCACGAACCCCCACACUUCUGAUGGAGACCGAGAGCAGUGCUUUAUUACCAACAACGCAGGAACAGACCCCUGCCCCAGUCGAGCCUGCAUUACCACCAGUGGCCUGUCCCCCAGAUUACACUGAGGAGCCUGGUUACCUAACCCCCUCCACGUCUAAAGUCCUCCCAGCAGCAGCAGCAAAUUUCCUCUCUCUGAAAGUUCCUCCCACCAAUCUAAAUGAGGAAGAGGAUGAGGAGGAGAGGGAGGGGAGCCAGCUGGUUUCUGUGUCUGAGAUGAGUGGAACCACGCAGCCCACAGAGGAGUCUCGUCCCGGCUCUGCAGGACCUGUCGGAGGGUCUGCCUGGAAGGCCGGUGGCGCCCUGUUUUCUGAGCUGGACUCUGAGGAGGUGAGCGGCAGCCAGCAGGGGGCGUCGGAGCUGAGCGCCCCCGGGGUCCUGGAGGGCACCGAGAGCAUGGACGACCUGGGAGACGGCAGUCUGAAGGGAGCCAUCGACAUGGAAGGGGCCUCAGCGGGGUCACCUGACUUUGAGAAGGUCCCCGACAUACCGGCUAAUGACUUCGAUGAGGACGAUGACUUUGACGAUGACCGUGUGUAUGACAUGGACGUGGGCUCGGAGCGGGCCGACGAGCCGCAGAGACUCCGGCAUGAUAACGACGCGAAUGAUGAAGAAGAGGAGGACGAAGAUGUGGAAAUGGCAAGUGAGGGCGUGACAGAGAGCGGGCUGGAAAGCUAUGGGAAUGCAGAUGAAGAUGACUUUGCUGAAGAUGAAAGGCUGGACAACCUGAACAGAGUGGCCGAGCCCCCGCUUCCCCCUCUUCAGCUCCCCUCCGCCCCCGCUGCUCAGUGGGAACAACCAAACCCCUUCGUUGAUCCGUGGCAUGCAGACCCUGAGCAUCAGCAGCUCCUGGUGGCAGUCUCCCAGCCAGAACAGGAAGCAGGAGUGGCAGCAGCGAGCCCCUCAGCUGACCCCUGGCAUGCAGACUCUGAGACCCCGACUCAGGCCUCAGCUUGGUUGGAACUCGGCUCUGCUCCUUUGGUUCCUGAAAACCAAGAAGCUCCCCAUCAGUCCUCCGUCAAAGAUGAGCCACAAGAUCUAGCUCCAAUGCAGACCCUGGCCCCGGUUCUUCUCUCUGCACCCCCCAUGUCUCUGUCAAGCACCCUGAGCAGUGAGACCAGCACCCCCGAGGAGCUCUGCGACUACAAUCUAGAUGGGAAGGCUCAAGAUGUGCAUGCACCGGCACUCUCCCCACAGCCUGAGCUGGACCACGAGGAGGCCGAGACGCUGCCCGCUGACGAAGUGCUGGGAGGCCCUGCAACUUCCCCCACCUCCAACCCCUCCUCCCCCUCGGUAACAGAAGACGAGGCCAGCGACACGGAGGGAGAGGCUCAGUUGGAUGAUUCCUUGGAGACGACGAUGGUCAGCCAGCACAUCACCUUCGACAGCCAAUCUCCAUCCCAGCGCUGCCUGUCCACCGUGGAAGAGGGAGAGGAGGCUGACACGGAGGAGGCUCGUGCAGGUGAAGACACCACCCCACCUUCCACUACAUCGUUGGUGUCAUACGGCUUCGACACCAUGACCACAGCUUCCAACGCCCAGUCCACAGGGGAGAGCUGCGUCAGGAGCCCCGGCAUCUUCUCCCUGGAGGAGCUGCCCGAGGAGGCCAAGGAGCCGUGUCUGAUCCCGCAACCUCACACGCCGCCAUGCUUCGCAGAGCAUCAGUACAUCGAUUGUGGGAAGCAGGAAUCAGAUUCUGCUGAGCCCGCUGAGAACACCAGCACGGGUGUGCCGGGGCCCGAGGAAGCCCCGGACCCUUCGUCUGCCCAGAGCACUUUGCAGCAAUCCGAAGAAAUCCCAGAGGACGUCCAGCCUCCCUACUAUUCUGCGAUCUGUGAAAAGACUGAGAACUCUUUUGCAGGCUUCGCUGCACUACCGCAGCCUCACCGCCGCGAUCACUCGGCCUACCCCAGGACCUACUGCGACCUCGUCAAACCUCUGGUGGCCGCCCCCCCGCCCAAACUGACCUGCGCUGACCUCCCCCCCAGGAACAUGGGCCAGAAGGCGCUGAGCCCCCAGCUGCGCAGGCUGGAGCAGCACCAGCGGCAGCUGCUGGAGAUGCAGCUGCGCCGCGACCAGCAGAGCAGACCGCUGGAGGAGGCGGAGCAGGAGAGGAAGACCAGGGAGGAGGAGGAGGCCAGGAAGAAGAAGGAUGAAGCCGAAGAAGAGAUAAAGAGGAAUAAGGAGGAGCUGGAGAGGAAGACGCAGGAGGUGGCGAAGAAGAAGAAGGAGGAAGAGGAGGAGAGAGGGAGGAGAGAGCUGGAGAGGAAGACGCAGGAAGUGGCGAAGGAAGAGCAGGAGAAACGGAGGAGAGAGCUGGAGCUGCAGCAACAUCAGGAGCUGAAGGAGCGGCAGCAGAUCAUGCAGUGGCAACAAGAGCUGCAGCAGGCUAACAAGGAGCAGGCGGAGCUGCUGUUGGCCUCCUCCGUCCUCUGCACCAUCUACGAAGCCCUGGAGAACAGUGAUGGUGAGGAAGAGCUCAACCCCACUAAAGAGGAGACACCAAACGGAGACCUGAUCGACGAUGAGCGUGGAGACUCCUCUCCGUCCACAGAGAGCCCCCCUCCUCUGCGAGACUCCCCGCAGACGUCCAGCGACCCCUCCCAGGAUGGAGACAGCUCCUCCCCCUGUCCCCCCGAGUCUCCAGAGAGACCUCCCCCCCUGGAGCUGGACUGGGGGAAGAAGGUGGACAUCGUGCAGCAGCUGAUCAAUCAGACGCUGCUGCUGAACAGAGGCGGCUGCUCCUCGCUGCUGCUGCUGCCGCGGGGGGCGGGGGGCACGCUGAGCCCCCUUGAGAGCAGCCUGUGGCCCAGCCUGCUACCCCCCCUCACUCCUCCCUCGGCCACUGUCACCGCCGUCAGUAGUUUCUCCCCAGAGGCCACUGGGAGCUCCCCUCAGGGGGAGUGGACAGUGGUGGAGCUGGAGACGCAUCAUUGAGGGACAAUUACAGUACACACUGUUAAACAUUGAGGACAGACAUACAGGGAAGAUGGCGCAAGUAUUUUCACACACACACACACACACUCAAGACUUGCUCACAACUAAAAAGGUGAUGUACAUGUGUAUGCAGAGCAGCACACAUUUACUCUACUGUUGCUGUUAACACAAUUAAGCAAAUCAAGGUUCACUUAAGGAGAACAGAUUAAAUACAGCUGGAAGUAAAUAUAAGGGCUGGACAAUGGAGGGGGGGGAAAGGCAAUAACUUGAUAAGCAGCACCAUUUAAAGAACGAUAAACUCGAUUUAAAAAAAUCACUGUUGAUGUCCAUCACAUUGAACUCAAUGGUCAAGAUUGUAAGAAGUCAUACCCAAGUAUUUAAUAAAGAUAACCUCAGAGAAAUUGAUAAACAUCAUUGUUAGAAUUUAAAAAGGACAAAACAAACUGCCCAUCAGGAAGACCCAGUAACUUGUGCUAUUGAUCAGUGGUUCCAAACUAACAGUGAAUCACAAGAAAGCAUGUUUGUAUACACAAUGUGUAUUUCCUUCAAGCUUUUAUUUUCUUGUUGCUUCCUUUCAAAACGACCAAAUGAAUCUAAGUAUUAGAAGGAAUAAUCACUCGACAACCUGUAGACAGGUGCAACUUGUGACUCGUAGUAGACUGAUCUUAUCUUUGAAAGGGCAAAAAAGCUUGGGUCACUCAAUGGUCAGGGUUUUCUAACCCUACUGAAAACACAAGCCCAAACAAAACAGACACUAAUGAUCGGUGGUGCUGCAGUUCUUGUUUGCUGUUACUCCAGCAAGUAUGCAUUUGAUUGAUGUAAACAAAAGGUUAACAACUAUUUUGCUCUGGUUGUAGACUCUCUGGUAGUCCUCGGGGGUAAGUUAAAGAUUCAAUUAUCAUAUCAGUAAAGACGGUCCAAUUUGUGGACCACAUUUUUUAUGGAAAAUGUAUUCAGUUGGUUAACACGCAUUAACCCACAGAAACAUCUAAAUGCUUUUUUUUAAAAAGCCUUUUCUAAAAUGUUAGGAUUUAAAAAAAAUUACCAACCCUUUGUGUCCAUGGUUUAAAGUGUUGAGUCAGAUAUUUCUUGACUUUAGACAGACUGCAGGCACCAUUUUUUUUUAUUGAACACUGAUGAAUGACAUUGUUUAAUACAUUUUGCUAAAAUAAAGAAAACGGUUUGUAUUUCGUUAAUCACCUUAUUCUAGACGCGAUGAUAUGCAGACACAGGCCUAGUUUCAAUUAGUUUAUUAAUCAGCAUUUGAAGUUAUUUUAACCAAAACAUACGACAGAAAUGCCAAGUACAGGACCUCUGAGUCCUCGGUGUAAGCUAGGAUGAGUCUUUACUCUGGGGAAAAGUCUCUGAUUCUGCCAGUGAAGAACCUGCGUCUCCGCUCACGUAGACAAACACGAGACAGCACUGAAACUCAGCACCUCUCUCCUCACUAGUGAUGUGUCGGUCACGAACGAGCCGGCUCAAAGAGCCGGCUCUUUUAAGUGAACGACGGGAGCCAGCUCUCGCCCGCGAACGAGCCAUUUUUGCGGACGGAUCUAGAUCGGCAUGAAGGCACAUUAUGCAAUGUGCAAUGUGCACAUUAUCCCGCUUAUUACAUGGCCACAUUCUCAACAAAGUAACGACAUGAC